CAUCUUAGAAGAUUUUAAUGUACCAAGUAUUUUAGCCUCAUUGAACCUUGAAAAACAUUAAAUUUUUCAGUGUGAACCAAAUAACCUACUCAUGUCAGCUAUGUUUCCAUUUUUUUCCAGGUCUCAAGUUUGCUAGAGAAGUUUAUAUUCACUUUUCCUCUAAGUUAGCAAAGCUUCCAUGAAAAAUGUAAUCAUGUCUUAUUGCUUAUUGUUUCUGUGUCUUCUUAAUCUUUCCUGCUAUUCUGUGCCAGUAUCAGAGGGUGUAUUUGGCUGGUUUCUGUUUUCCUCAUUUGUACUUUCAGUCUUGAGUGGGAGCAUGGAUAAUAUAUAACGAGGACCUUUGUUUUCUGCUGGUGAUUAUUCCUGGGAGAGGAACCGAGUUUUAAAGUGAAAAGACAAUUCAGCCCACUGCUAUUUAGUGAUACCUUCUGUGUGCAAAGACCACAUGCCACAACCAUCAUGCAACUCAUGUGAGGUACAGUGCCACAGUCAGAGUUAUUUAAGAUCAUGUAGGACGUAUGGUAAAUGGGGCAUCUCAGAUGGUAGAAAAAUGAGUAAAAUUGUGGAAUAGACGGCAUUGUAUAAACAUGAGGGCCAAUUCACAUGUCAGAAUGACAGUCAACUUUGUGUGGGAGAGAACAGGAUAGAAAGGAUAUUGGAUCAGAUUGUGGAGGGUCGUUAGUGUUUUUUCAAAAUUGGAUAUUCCCUGGAACCAUCCUAUUUCAUCAAGCAUGGUCCAUAAAUAUUAGGGCUGGGAAACCAUUCGCAGUUUUACUGGCAUGAAAAAACAAUCUGCUGUUUUAAUGAGCCCGAGUCUUUAUACAUUACAUCCAGGGGUGCUAUUAACCUCCGUGUUCUCUCUAUUUCAGGCAUUAGUCUCUUACCAUGGGGGAUUGGAGCUCAUUGGGUGACAUUCUAGAGGAAGUUCACUCCCACUCAACCAUCAUGGGGAAAAUCUGGCUGACCAUCCUCUUCAUUUUCCGAAUGCUGCUACUUGGUGUGGCUGCUGAAGAUGUUGGGGAUGGUGAACAGUCAGCCUUUGCCUGCAACACCCAGCAGCCAGGUUGCAACAAUAUCUGUUAUGAUGAUGCGUUCCCUAUCUCUUUGACCAGAUUCUGGGUUUUACUGAUCAUCUUCGUAUCUUUUCCCUCUCUGGUGUAUAUGGGCCAUGUCCUUUAUCAACUCAGGGCCUUUGAAAAGGAGAGGCAGAGGAAAAAGUCACACCUUAGAACCCACAUGGAGAAUCCAGGGCUGGAAUUGGAGGAGUAACAGGAUAGAGAACUGAGGAGGUUACAAGAGCAGAAGAGGAUCCAUAAAGUCCCUCCGAAAGGAUGUCUCCGCAUACUUGUCUUACACAUCUUGAUCAGACCUGUACUGGAAGUAGGGUUUAUGGUAGGCCAGUAUAUUCUCUAUGGGUUUCAAAUGCACUCCCUCUACAAAUAUACUCAACCUCCAUGCCCCAAUGUAGUGGAUUGCUUUGUAUCCAGGCCCACAGAGAAGACCAUUUUCAUGCUCUUUGUGCACAGCAUUGCAGCCAUCUCUUAGCUCCUUAAUGUACUGGAACUAUCCCAUCUGGGAAUCAGGAAAAUCAGGAGGGCACUUUAUGAGAAGUCAGGCAAUAAGGGCAUUGACGAUGAAAGGGCCCCUCCAUUUCAUUUGAGAAAAUAUUCAGUGCCUCAGCAGUAUAUGAUUUGCUCUCCCUUGUCUGAAAAUCUACUUCAAGCCAACAAUCAGCAACAAGUCAUCCAAGUCAGUGUGCCGAAGUCUAAAGCCUUGUGGCAAAUCCCACAACCCAAGCCACUUGAGGUAGAUCCUUGUGGUAGUGAAAAGGACUGGGCUGAGGAGGGUCAGCACAGCGGACAGCUCCACGUCCACAUCCCAUGUCCCUGGGAUGACUGUGUUAGAAUUCAGCACCCGGGACAGCAACCUGACCAUUCUUCCUUUGGCAUACAGAAUACCAUGUCCCAGUACUGGCUAGGCACAAUGAUGCCUUCUAGGCAUUGUCCAUCCUAUGCAAUAGGAACCUGGAAACAGUCCCAGGACUGGCAACGCGCAGGGACUCUCACAGGUUUGCACAGUCACUGCAGAGGCAGCAAUGGCAGCGUGAGAGAGAGAGGAGUCUGGACAGACAGAUCUCGCUCGGGCAGUCGCAAGGGCAGCUUUCUGUCCAGGCUGCUAUCUGAAAAGGGACAGCUACACAGUGACUCAGGUAGCUUCAGUUCUCGGACUAGCUUGUGCUUUCUGCAUCAGUAAAACAGCCCCUUGCUCUGCCUUCAGCCAAUGGGCACAGAACAUCAAUGGUAAGUAAAGACAGACUGAUGAAGGAACUAUUACAAGAAGUGUUCCAUUUUGGCCCCUUCCAUUUCCUUCUUCAUGGUGUGUAUAUGUCUGUGUUGAGAGAGAGGGAGAGGAGGAGGGGGAGGUUAAUUUAUAGAAAGUUAAAUUAAUUCAUUCAAGAAAUUCAACUCAUGAAAUAAACUUAAUUGAAAACUUUAUAUCCAUCUGACUUUUAAGUGCUGGGUGUGUAAAUGGAUAAAAUACCAUCUCUGCCAUAAAAGGGAAAGUUAGGUAAACAUGUAAAUGUGAUAAUGUGUAAG